UGCAUGUGUAUAAUUCUGGUUCCCGGUACGUGUAUGUGUGUGGCUGUCUCACGUCGAGUAAGAAAUUUGCUCGUGCCCGCAGUUUGCCGUUUGCCGUUUUUCGCCUUGUGUGGUGUGUCUUGUGUGUUCUGCUCAGAGCCUAUUGAAAUCCCGCUCCGGAAGCAGUCGACGAGUAGCAUCCGCAACAUCGAACCCAGAUUCCGGUCAGAAUUCGCAGUCCCGGACCAGAGGCGAUAAUCCACGGUCAGCAGCUGAGGAAGAAGAAGAAGCCGAAGAAGAGGAAGAGUUGAAGAGGAGCAGCAGCAGCAGCCUUGCAGAGAUGCCUUCCAGCGAUCCCCUGCCGCCCAAGGAGGGUGCGCUCUUCCGGAAGCUACUUAAAUGCUACGAACUGAAGCAGUACAAAAAUGGCCUUAAGCUGGCCAAGCAGAUCCUCUCCAAUUCCAAGUACACGGAGCACGGUGAAACUUUGGCCAUGAAGGGUCUGACCCUUAACGGACUGGGCCGUCGGGAAGAGGCCUAUAAGUAUGUGCGUCUGGGUCUGCGCAACGAUCUGCGCUCCCACGUCUGCUGGCAUGUCUACGGAUUGUUGCAGCGCAGCGACAAGAAGUACGACGAGGCCAUCAAGUGCUAUCGCAAUGCUUUGAAGUGGGAGAAGGACAAUCUGCAGAUCCUCAAGGAUCUGUCGCUGUUGCAGAUCCAAAUGCGAGAUCUAGAGGGCUACAAGGAGACGCGCCACCACCUGUUCAUGCUGCGACCCUCGCAGCACGCUUCCUGGAUCGGCUUUGCCAUGAGCUACCAUCUGCUGCGCGACUUUGACAUGGCCAACAGCAUCCUGAAGACGUUCAUCAAGUCGCAGACUUCGAUUGAGGCGCACGACUACCGCCACUCGGAGCUGCUGCUGUACCAGAACCAGAUACUCAUCGAAUCGGAGCGUCUGCAGCAGGCGGUGGAUCACCUGACCAAGUACCAGUCGCAGAUCGUUGACAAGCUGGCCGUGCGCGAGACCAUGGGCGAUCUGUACAUCAAGCUGCAGCAGCAGGAGAAGGCGGUGCCGAUUUUCGAGUCCCUGAUCCGGCGCAAUCCGGAGAAUGUGCUUUACUACGAGCAGUACAUAGCCGCCCGCCAGGUGACUGAGUCCAGCGCCGUGGUGGCGAUCUAUCGUGUGUUCCAGGAGCAGUAUCCGCGCGCCCUUUGUCCCCGCCGCCUGCCACUGAACAUUGCCAUUGGCGACGAAUUUCGCGUCGUAGCCGAUGAGUACCUGCGCCGCGGCCUGCGCAAGGGCAUUCCGCCGCUUUUCGUCAACGUGCGCACGCUGCACCAAAUCCCAGAGAAGGCGGCCAUUAUUGAAGAGCUGACGCUGCAGUAUUUCGAGAACCUAACCCGUUCCGGGCACUUCUCUCGCGAGGAUGCCGACGCCGGGGUUCCUGUCGAGCCGGCCUCGGCGCUCGUCUGGACGGCACUGUUCCUGGCGCAGCACUACGACUACAUGCGCGACACCGAUCGCGCCCUCGAGUACAUCAAUGUGGCGAUCGACCAUACGCCGACUCUGAUUGAAUUGCUCAUCACCAAGGGUCGCAUCUUCAAGCAUGCCGGCGAUCCCGUCGAGGCUUACGUUUGGCUGGAGGAAGCUCAGAGCAUGGACACGGCGGAUCGCUACAUCAACUCGAAGUGCGCCAAGUACAUGUUGCGCGCCAAAAUGGUGCAGGAGGCCGAGGAGAUCUGCGCCAAGUUCACGCGCGAGGGCGUCUCCGCCAUGGACAACUUGAACGAGAUGCAGUGCAUGUGGUUCCAGACGGAGUGCGCCCUGGCCUACCAGGACAUGGGUCGCUGGGGCGAGUCGCUGAAGAAGUGUCACGAAGUGGAGCGCCACUUCGCCGAGAUUGUCGAGGAUCAGUUCGAUUUUCACACCUACUGCAUGCGUAAAAUGACGCUGCGCGCCUACGUGGGCCUGUUGCGGCUGGAGGACGUGCUGCGCCAGCACCCAUUCUACUUUAAGGCGGCCAAGUGCGCCAUUGAGGUGUACAUCCGUCUGUACGACAAGCCGCUCAAGUCGGAGACCACCAUUGAAGAGAUCGAUAUUGAAAACUUGCCCCCUUCGGAACUUAAAAAGCUGCGCAGCAAACAGCGCAAGGCCAAGAAGAAAGCCGAGCUGGAGAGUGCGCAGGCCGCACAGGCGCAGGUGAAGCGCGAGCAGCACCAGAAGUCGAAGCAGCAGGCGAACCAGGAGACCGAUCCCGAUGCCCCGCAGCUGGACGAGCUGGUGGCCGAGAAACUGGAGCGCACGGAUGAUCCGCUGGAGAAGGCCAUUGAUUUCCUAAAGCCGCUGCAGCAGCUGGCCAAGGAGCGCAUCGAAACGCACCUGCUGGCCUUCGAGGUGUACUACCGCAAGAACAAGCUGCUGCUCAUGCUGCAGUCGAUCCUGCGCGCCCGCGCCGUCAAUCCCGCGCACCCCGAACUCCACAGCUGCAUUAUUCGCUUUAUGAAGUCGUUGACCAGCGCUGCCAAGCAGCAGCCGUUCAAUGAGCACGUACAGAAGGUGCUGGACAAGGCUACCAAAGAACUGAUAGGCAGCAAGACGCCCCAGCAGCUGAACGACGAGUUCAUUGCCAAAAACAACGCUUCCAUACUGCAUUUAUACGAGGGCGCUCGCAGUCUGUACGAGUUGGACAAUAGUAAAAAGGCCGCCGCCAUCAAGUUGGUCACUAGCUUCAAUCUGAACAAGAUCAGGCUGGAGGAGGCCACCAAAAUCUACACAGCGUUGCGGGACGGCGAUGUGUUUGGCGAGUGCGAAGCGGAGGCCGCUCUUUACCAGCAGGCAUGCCAUGAACGCUUCCAGUACGCCCGCAUCUUUCGCAAUGUCGAGGAGCUGGAGGCCCAGCUGCAGGAAAAGGAGGCCGCCAAGCUGCGCGCCGAGGAGGAGCAGCAGCAGUUGAUUCACGUUGAUUCUAGUGAACCGGUGUCAGUUUUGGCCACGGCAGCGGCAGCGUCUUAGGACCAAACAAGACUGCUACUAAAUACCCACAACCGCAAUCGCAAUCGCAAGAAUAGCAACAACGGCAACAGCAACAGCUACAGCAACUACAGAUCGAUAUGCGGCAAUCAAUAACGAAGUGAAGCGAACCUAACUAACAACAAAACAAACAAUAUGAACCAGGAAUAAGCUUAGCUCUAUAAACAACGGCAACCACAAUAAAAUUCACUAUUAACAACAACAAACAAACAAACGAAAUGCUAUGAUGAACAGGCUGAGCCAAAAUCGCCAAAAGGCAAGGCCAAGUUUAGCGGAAGAGUUUCGGCAGACAUACAAUACAAUUGUCCAAGUUGGCACUGUUGUAGGAUUUUUAAAAUUGAAUCAAAUGUGGACCCUUGUUGACAACACACUCGCUGGCUUUUUUAAACAACAUUUAUUUUUUAUUAUUUUUAACGAUUCAAUGUACAUAUAAAGUCGUAAUUAAUUAUACGCAAAAUCAAAACCUUAAA